AUGAACGGUAGGAAAAUUUUCACCUUCCUGAUAAAUGGAAAAAAGGAGGCGAAUAACUUAUCAAAUGUUCUCUCCCUGCGGCUGAAGUUUUUUAGAAUUUUUCUUUUUCAAGAUUGGAACGUUGUCCAAAAAUUAAGGAUAAAUCUGUGCGACGUGAACUUGCCCAUCGACAGGAGCACCAUGCAGAACUUUUCCCUGCUGAAGCAUUUUUUGGCAAAGAAACGGAAGGAAAGAAAAAAGUCGGAAAAGGGAAAGCGUGAGAACAAGAGGGACAAGAAGUACUCAAGCUACUUCUAUGUGCACCUUUUGGAAGUAUCCCCCCUUUUGAUUAAAGCAAAUAUACAAGGCUCGCACGAAAUGAAUGUGAAGUUGAACAUAAAUCAGUUCAGGGAAGAAAAAAAAAUGACCUAUUUGAAGAAGACAUUGAAGAGGUACAGAAGGCACAUUUUGAAAAGUGUAAUAAAACAAAUCGUCGAAAACGACGCGAAAAAAGGGGAAAAAAAGAAAUAA